AAAGGUAAUGGCUUCAACUUCCAUAUCCGUUCCAAAAUUUAGGGUUCCAGUUCUUCCAUUCCAUCAAUUCAGCAUCAUUUCCCCCCGAUUACGCUUCUCUUAUGGAAACUAAGACGGAGAUGAUUGUUGUUUCACAUCGAUCUUGAUCUGAAUUCUCGACUAGGGAUUUCGAUCGUUUUUGCUUUUUUUUGUUUCUCGUUUACAUUCAAUCAGUAGAAUUUAGGAAGUGAAUGCUCUUCACUACAUUUGAUGGAUGAUAAUGUGUAGAUAGACUUCGGAAAUCUUGGAAAUGUGAGUGGUAAGAAUAUAAACCAUGGGGAUGUCACCUUACCAGACUGUGAUGUCUUCUAAAGAGGAUGUGAUUAAGUUGCAGGAAUUGAAAAAAUGGCGAAGGAAACCUAGAGAACUUGUUAAGAAAACAGGUAGUAACUUAGAUGGUAGAAAAAAUGGAGAUUUUUCAGAGAGUGAUGAUUCUAUCCCAUCGAUAAAUACUAUGGUGAAUGUUAACGGUAAUUCUCCAGUUAGUAAUGUCCUUUAUGAUGAUUCUGGAUUGGGUGGUUUACCUGAUUCUGAUACUAAGGAAGAUUCAGAGAACAGUGAGGAUCAUAGUAGCAGAUCUUCGACUGCAGCUAGUGCUCCAAGAAAGAAGCAUGAGAUAAUUAGUUUAAAUGGGAGGAAUUCAGGCAUUUCAUCUGUACCUGGUGAUCAACAGAGGAAUGGUCUGAUUGGAACCAGCAAGAAGGCUAGGGGAUUCAAAAUGGAGAUGGAAAACUCUUAUUCGAGCAUGGGAUCUGACUCUCGAAGCUCCAACUUUGUCUUUGUGCAGGGUACUAACUCUAUAGCAUCGAAAGGUAAACAGAGAGGCUGGUUCACAAAUGAUAAACAUUUAAAUGAAGAAGCGGGAUUCAUAAAUUAUGCUGAAUUUGUAGAUGUUUCACAAGAAGAGGUAGAGGCUGAGAACUCUUGGGAGGUCAAGGAAGAAAACAAACAUGACGGGUCGGUGGACCUGGAUGAUGCUGUUGCAAAAUCUCUCACGGGACUCGAUUCUGUUCAGGAGAAACUUAUUAGAGAAGUGCAGAAAUUGAAGGAAGUUGGGAAAGAUGAUUCCAAGAUUUCGGAACUGGAAUUCACCUUGGGUUCUGAAGAAGUUAACAUGAAGCUUGAGGAUCUGUUGAAGAAAAUAAUCCAAGUUGAUGUAGAACGAGUUGUAUUGAUCACGACAAGCGAAAGGAACUGGCAUGAAAUCAAACUUAUUUUACGUCAAAAGGACAUAGAGGCAUCAGCAAAGAAGGAAGCUUUGAAUUCAAAGAUGGAGACUAGAGAAGACGUAAAGAAACUGAGAAAUAGGGUAUGUAAAUUUACUUCAUGUGUUAUGUUCCAGUUUAUUCUAUUGCUCGUAACCCUUUACCUGCAAUUUUCAUCCCAUAACAUGGAGAUUGUACCCACGUAGUAAUUUAGUCGUAAGCAGUCGUAACAUUCAACGUUUUUGUUUUUUGGGUUAAAUAUGUGAUGUUGUUUUGUAAGGGGUGGGUUUCAUGAAUCAAUUUUGCCUGUUAAUUUGCUUGUAGAAUGAUGAAUGAUGAUAA